CCUCGGGCCGACACCUGUGGGAGGAGAGCAUUGUUGUCGGCAGGUAAUUAGCGUGGAAGAUGAGCCUGGCGGCGGUGGAUUUUGUCACACCUUUGUCCUACCAGACGUUUGCGUGGAACCUUACACAUAACUCUUGUAAUCUCCUGGAGUUGGAAUUAGUUGUUUUUUUUCCACAUCAUCACUUCCCUCCAUCUUUGUUUUACUUCCCGCCAUCGUCAUCUACUUCACCUCUUCACUUCUUUACCUGUUUUACUCCUCAUCUCUCGGCAGGCCCUCGUUGUCCGCAGUAAUGAAGACCUGGGUGGUGGUGACCCUGCUGUGUCUGACGGCCAUGGGUGCGCUCUAUACGGCCAAAUGGAAUCUGCCGGCUUUGUUUUUGCCCUGGUCGCUUGAGUUGAAGUCAUGCAACUGCCAAAAAUGUUUGAACGAGAGCGACCAGGGCUUUAAGGAUCUUUUGGACGCGGCGCCCAAGCCCUUCUUGUCCAAGCGGGACCCCGUUUUUGAGAAGGAUUUCAACUGGUGGAAGCGCUUGCAGGGGGAAAAGAGACCCUUCAGUUUCUUCAAUGAAACCGUCAACAAACUCUUCACCAUCUUUCCACCCGUGCCUGACGUGGAGGCGGCGUCGCCCGACCGCUGCAGGUCGUGUGCGGUGGUGGGCAAUUCAGGCAACCUCAAAGGCUCGCACUACGGACCACUAAUUGAUUACCACCACAUCGUGAUCAGAAUGAACGGCGGGCGCACCGGAGGCUACGAGGAAGACGUGGGCACCAAGACGACUCAUCACGUCAUGUAUCCUGAGAGUGCCAAGUAUUUGGACAACGCCACACAUCUGGUCUUCUUCCCAUUCAAGAUCAAGGACCUCCUGUGGCUGCUCAAGGCCUUCACUCCCAGAGAAGACGGCAAGGAGAACCCACAGAAGCGAGGCAACAAGGACUUGGUGAUGAUCCUCAACCCCGCCUUCAUGAAGUACGUCCAUGAAAUUUGGCUGAAAAAGACCGGCACCUACCCAUCCACUGGAUUCAUGACCUUGGUUCUCAGCAUGCAGAUGUGUGAUGAGGUGAGUGUUUUUGGGUUCGGAGCAGACCGAGAUGGAAACUGGAACCAUUAUUUUGAAGUCCUGAGGAACAAAAGGCUGAGAACUGGACCUCAUGCUGGCACACAGGAGUAUGACGUGAUCCAACAGUUACAGCGCAAGGAGACUAUUCGCCUCCUUAAAGGAUUCUAAUGUCAUGAAUAAUACACAAUAUUCAGUGACUCAGGUGACAAAAUAUUUAUUCAUCUUUCAUUGUUGGAAGAAAUGCAACAUAUGCAAAGCACAAAUAGUUGUUUCCCUGCAAGCAAAGUGAUACAAAUAUUUAUAUAUUAUAUACCUCCAUUGCCUUUAAUGACUAUUAAUUUUUAUUAGAAAGUAAAAGUAAUUGUCAUUUAUCGACUAUGAUUAAUAUUGCCCUAGAUGAAAUAAAUAUAUUUGAGUACUUUGGAAAUGCAAGUACACACUUUUUAGGUAGAAAAGGACAUUGAGUGUACUUGUAUGGUGGACAAAACACAAGUAUGAUGUUACUAGAUUACAGAAAUGCUCAUAAAAAGAUAUAUUUUACAGACAAAAUUAUAGGAAUGUACUCUUUAUCCCAUGCUUACAUCUCAUUGUGCAACAUGUGAAUGUUUUAAAGGGAACUAAAUGUGAUCUAAAAGCAUACUUGCCAACACUCCCGGAUUUUCCGGGAGACUCCCGAAAUUCAGCGCCUCUCCCGAAAACCUCCCGGGACAAAUUUUCUCCCGAAAAUCUCCCGAAAUUCAGGCGGACUCAGGUCCUCCACAAUAUAAAAAAGCGUACCUGCCCAAUGACGUUAUAACUGUAGAAUGAUGGAGGGCGAGUUCUUGGUUUCUUAUGUGGGUUUAUUGUUAGGCAGUUUCAUUAACGUCCUCCCAGCGCGGCAACAACACACAACAGCAGCAGUCACGUUUUUGUCUACCUUAAAGCAGUUCGUCUGCCGUAAACAGCAAUGUUGUGACACUCUUAAACAGGACAAUACUGCCAUCUAGUGCAUUUGAUGAAAGCACUUUUGUGCGUGCCACACAGCAAUGCAUCAUCAGAGAGGGUUCGAAAAAUAGUGACAGAGAAUAGAACAAGGAUGGACAAUUCAACCCUUAACUCGACAAUGAGUAGAUGAGUGUUAUGUGU